UAAGCUCUGUCUUGUUCCCAUACUGACAAGGCUUCCAGUUAAUAUAUAACAUCAUUAAGUAUGUGAAACAUCCCCAAUAUUGUGUUCUGGGGCCUCAUAGUUGCUACUUAUCCAUCCAAGGUGGUGACUUAUUUGUGCUGGUUCAACAAAUAUUUGUGUUGAAACUUAUUUGACAAAUGAGAAGCUGUGUGAUUACGGAAUCGUGACAUUCCUGCAGAACGCGCAGUUAUUUUACCACUGGGAUAUCCUACUAGCAGCUAGGGUGGCCGUACAGAACACGAUUACGCCAUGUCCACACUUUUCUUCCCGCCAUUCAUACUCGAAACUGGGCAUGACUUUGAAAAAAAAUCAGUCUUUCAUAUCGAAGUUUUAUUAAGUCGAUCCCAGAUAUUAGUCGAUUGGCUCCCGUCAUGCGAAAUGAUCCAUCAUCCAUGAUCAAGUUACGGUCACUUUUGACAGCCACAGCUGAUCUCCUUAUGUACACAUGUUUUGGUCUCGACUAGUCUCGACCAUUGUUGUUCUUGCUUGGCUGCCUUUGAGUGGAAUGGCUGAUGUCCUGAUUGAUCGUGACUGGCCAAGCUUGGCUAGCUGAGCUCAUUCGCUAAGGCUACUGCUCAGCCCCAGCGAGCUCUUAGGAUUGGGUGGAUCAUGGAUCCACCGGUGUCCUCGGAUUCCAACCAUGCCUUGAACAGUCAUUGGAGUCUCCGUCGGAUCGGUUGGCCCGAGUUAACCUUUGUCCUUCAACCUCAUUUGCCCGUGAUUGUGUUGGGACGAUGCACGGAAGCUCACAAACAAUGUCUAGGGAAACAAAUCUCACGGCGUCAUUUCGAGUUUCGCCGCGUGGAGACGUCCCCAAAUGGGAUUCAAUGGGCCAUUUGCGAUCCUAGUUCGUCCACCAAGACGUAUCUGAAUGGACAUCAGAUCCCCCACGGACAAGUCAUUCCUCUCAAUGAUCGUGAUCUAAUCGGUGUGGGAGCCAAUUUGACUCGCGAAUGCGCCGAGGGUGCGAAGCGCUCGUUUCUGUACCAAAUUCAUGGUCCCACGGGCGUAACCCCGGAUGGGGGCCGGGUCUCGCCCACGGCCGGAUUGGCCGAUGUGGCCACGGAUGAAGAAGACAGUCAAGAAUCUGGUGAUGUGCCCGACUUAGUUCGGGGUACUAAUCUAGCUCUGAAUCGAGGCCCAUCCGUCUCGGAGAGUAACCCAGAACUUGAAAGUGUCGAAAUGCAUUCUGCUCGUCGAUCGAAACACGUCGAUAUUGUGAAUCCGCCUCAGACGAACGAUCUAAAUGUGAAGGACAAGUGCUCCGUAAUCAAUGAGGAAAUAACGAUAGUGAAGGAGACGUCGAAAACGAUGACAGCUAGUUUGAGUAAGGAUUGUCGGCCCUCCAACUCAAAAGCUGGAGAAAAUGAAAAAUUGACAGUCAAGCGUUCCAAGCUUAGCUCGAAAUCUGCGCCGAGAUCCAAACGAGGACGAUUUUUGUUGUCGUCUGAGGACGAAGACGAUGAAUCAAAUGGAUCGAGCUUGGUUCAGAAGCCAACAGAUCCCGAAAAAUCAGUUUUGAGAGAUCUGAUGAUUGCCCGACAGGCCAAGAUAUAUGUAAAGAAGCUGAAAAUUCCUUCAUCGAAAUCCACGAGCGCUAUUCUCACCCAAGAUGAUCGGGUAACUAAAUGGACUGAGACUUCAGAUGGUGUUCCCGGCCUCUCCAAAACCAAUCCGGAUCCAACUUCUUUGGACUCUAUUUUCAUGGAAGAGGAAACGGCUCCUGUCUCAGCGACCGAUUCGUGUUUAUCUGGAUUGUCCUCCUUGGCUACUGCCGAAGACAUCAAGUUCGAAGAUGUCUCGGAUGAGCCUCUCGAGGUGCCCAUGACACCUUUGACGUGGGCCGAAAAAGUUAUGCUCAAAUCCGAAGAAGUCCAUUCGAGUGAAGAAGAGCGGGAUCCUGAGACUUCCUCGGCCAUGUUCAGCCAGUCUGAUGAAGUUUUUAUUUUGGAGGAUGAUUCAGAUUUCAUGUUGGCUGAACCAAAGUUUCAAAUCAAGCAAGAAGUUCCCGAUGAUGAAAAACCAUCCUCGGAAAUUGAGCGCGACGACGAUCGUGAUGAAGGACCUUUGGGUUGGGACAAGGACAAUGAAGGGCUGGAUGAGCCGGAUACUUUGAUUUUGAGUAGCCAGGACAGCGAUGUGUUGUGCCUGGAUGAUACGGACUUGGAAACAGGUCAGAAGCCGUUGUUUCAGAUGAUGCUGAACCGAAUCAAACGUGAACAGCCAGAUAUUCAAUUGACGCAGGAAUUCACCAUCGACGACGAAUUUCAGCAACAGGAAUGCGUUGAGCAAAGUGAUAUGGACAUGUUUGAUUCAGAAAGGCCUUCGAGAAAAAGCUCCGCAAAGGACUUAGAAGAAGAGAACGACUCGAGUCCAAGCUUACUAGAAGGGAUGGAACUUGACUCUCCCACAACAACGAAUGAGCCUCAAUGGAAGCAAAUCCUGUAUGCUCAAUAUGACGAUGAGGAUGAUGUUCCAAUGGACAAAGCUAGCAAGCCCGUGCCAAAGGGAGAUGUUUCUGUCAGCAAAAGUGAUCCAAAGGACAAAUCCAUUCAACAGGUUUCCGGAGCUAAGAUGAUUGCUCCCUUGCCAAUGCCUCCACGACGAACUCAUCUCCGUGGAAUCUCGGCUGUGACUGGCCAAAGAUUAAUGGACCAGCAAGAGGCUGCUGAGGCCAACCGAGAAUCUGAGAAGUCCGUGGAGAAGUCGUCGGAAAAGACCGGAGCUACCUUCUCGUUCUUUGGGAAGAAAAACCGCCCUGUGUCGAAAAUUGGAUUAAAACUGUCGAGUCGGCCCAUAUUCGGUCGAUCAAUCUCGUCCAAUGCCGGAGUUAGUGCCCCCAAACCAACCAAAGAUGCCAAAGAACUCAGACGAGCUCGUCUUCGUGAGAUUGCCGAAAGAGGCAAAGAAGACUCUAAGCCCGAGGAAGAAACUACGAAAUUGACCCCUCCCGUCAAUAUUAAGACAUCUUCGAACUCCAGACUGUCUUCAUUUCUCGACCAAGAAACUAUGUGCCCCAAAGUGCCCGCUAAGAAGUCCUUUUUGAACAUUCGAACGGCUUCGACCUCCAAGGUUACGAGUGUUAAUGCAAAUGACCCAACAUUCAAGGAACCUACGUUCAAAGAGCCAAAAGCUAAGGAGUCGAUCGAACCGCUCAGUUCUAUCUCUCACAUCCGAAGAGUUGCGGAAAAAGUGCGAGAUUCCGACGGAAAUCUGAUUGUCAAAAAACUGUCUUUCAACAAUGUGAUAUCCAAUUGUGCCUCCCAAGACCUAUCCAACCUGGACCUCCCCGUGGUCGAAAAGAAAGCGUUGAAUUAUCCGUCUUUGAUCUCCACAAAGUCCGUUCGUCAAGCCAAAACCGUGCGUUGGAAACCAGACCCUGAAUUAACAAAGGUCAAGUACAUCGAGCGUGAAGGAAAAGGCUUAAAAGUGUCGCAAUCGUACAAGAAGGGAAGUUAUGACAUGGCUGUGAUCAAUAAAGAGCAGGCUGGAGACUUCGAAUUGUGUAUGAGGGCAGUUCUCAAUUGGAAUGCAAUGUGGCUUCGGGAGCAGAAAGAGAUCAAAGGUUCGCCUCCCAUUUUGGGCAAAUUCUUUUCUCUCUGUCACGUCCCACUGUCAUUUUCAAGCUACUCGGAAUAUUGCAAUUCGUUUUAUCCAUUGUUACUCCACGAGCUGUGGAGUACGGCCUAUAAUGAUUACAAGAGCCGAUGCAACUCUGUUUUGGCGCCAGUCUCAUUUGUGGGCAUGCAGUCCGACAAUGGGCCCAACAUAUUCUGCUACUUGAACUUUCUUCAACCUUUGCCAUCCAAUUAUCAAGAUGGUGAAUCACUCAGUGAUGGUUGGUUGGUGAAGGUCAGUUUGCCUGUGUUGAACAGUUCAAAGAAUGCUUUUAAAAGCUUUAUUGGAUACAUUGAAAGCUUGCGAAUACGCCGAAUCACAACAGCCGAUGUUGACAAACUUCAGGCGAACUUUCACCACCAACCCGACUCGCAAAAACAUCAGUUUGUGGGGGAAUAUCGAGUUCAACUCAAGGCAUUCCCCGAUACAAUUGAUGCCAAACGAUUGGUGAGACUGGAGGGCAUCUCGCUUAUCUGGUCCUUUCUCAGAAACCUCAAAGCCAUCGAAUUGACCACCAAGUCCGAGCUCAUCCGACCCAUUUUGAGCCCAAAGAUCAAUUUCUUUGCCACAGGUCUGGGAAACGAUGACAUCAGAGCUCCUCUAGCCAGUCUUCCCCAAAUCCAACUUCUCAACCCCGGACAACUUCAGGUGGUCAAAACCGUGGCAAGGAGCUGCACGGUCAAUAUGAACAGCCCACAUAUUUCGUUGGUCCAAGGGCCACCGGGCACGGGAAAGACCAGCACAAUCGUGGCCUUGAUACUUCAAAUCCACUCCCGGUGGAAACAGUACAACCCCACUGGCGCUUUGCCGAGGAUCCUCCUCACCGCUCCGUCUAAUACUGCGGUGGACGAGAUCACCCUGAGAAUCAAGGAUAUUGCGGCCGAGAAUGGUUUUAAUAUCGUGCGAAUUGGCCGUGAACGGGUGGUUCACCCUGGAAUCCGAGACUAUGUAUUCGAGCAUUUACGUGAAAAGCAAUUGAAGCUCCGAUCGGACAGUCAGACCAAUCGUGAAUCAGUCAACCUGGAGAUUAAGCGCCGCCAAGAGAACAUGAACAAGUUGGGCGAAUCGCUAGCUAAAGCCAAGGAACAAUCCGAAAUCGAUCUACUGAACAGGAAGAUCAAAGUCGAGAGCAACUUCAUCACGAGGGCCAAAAACUCCUUGACCACACCUCGCCUUUCCAAGGACUUUCCCAAAUGGUGGCGCGAAGUCUCCAAGAGCAUUUUAGAGAAUGCUGAUAUCAUCGCCGUGACCCUGAACAGCUCCAUGACCAAAGUGCUCGACCAACACUUCGCUGUGAACCAAUCUCAAGUGGGGGCCAAUCCCCAUCGUCCAUUCAGUAUUUGCAUCAUGGAUGAAGCCAGCCAAUGUUCGGAGCCUGAGGCCCUGAUCCCUUUAAGAUUGGGCUUCACCAAAAUGGUCCUGGUCGGUGAUCCUGAGCAGUUGCCCGCCACCGUCCUCUCCAAUGAGGCUAAACAAAUGAGUCUUCACCAAUCCCUGUUCAAACGUUUUCACAAUUUCUUUGAAACCGAGCCCGCCGCGUACCAGACACUCACCGUCCAGUAUCGGAUGCACAAAGAAAUCAUGGAUUGGCCAAGUAGAUAUUUCUAUGGCCGCAAAUUGGAGGCGGGACCUCAAAAUCGUGACAGCUCACUUCGCCCUUAUCUAUUACUGGAUCUAAAGCCGCAAUCCAGUUCAAGUUCUGAUGGCCAAAUCUGGAAUGAGGAUGAGGCUGUUUUCGUGUCGGAUCUCGCUGUUCGUCUUCUUCGGUACCAAGAGAAUCGAGGAGAGACAACCAACAUUGGUAUAAUCACUUUCUACACCAAGAUGAGAGACACCAUCAACUUAAGAUUGCAAGAAAAAGGCCUGAAUAAGCCCAAAUCCAUACAACAAGACAUCCUGGUAAGGACAGUGGAUGGAUUCCAAGGAUCUGAAUGUGACAUCGUCAUCAUGUCGUGUGUCAGAACUCAAGGUCACAAGGGACUUGGGUUCUUAGGCCAAACUGAACGGCUCAAUGUGGCCUUGACCAGGGCCAGAAUAGCUCUCUACGUUGUAAUGGAUGUUGAAAACUUUCAGAAAGGCAACGAGAUGUGGAGAUCGCUCAUCAAUAAUGCAAGAGAACGAAAUCUCUUGGAGAAGUGUGCUUUAGGGGCGAAAGUUAGAUUUACCAAGGAAUGAGCCAGAAAAGGAUUUGGUUGAGUUUUUUCCUUCCUAUUCAUCAGAAAUCGUGAUGCUCUACCUUUGGUUAACUGUACUGUGGUUUGUCAUUCAUCCAAUUGGCAAUGCUAGUGCUACUACCACUACUACUAAUUACCAAUAACAAUGAUAAUUGCUGCGAUCGUAUAUACACUUAUUUAAUCCAUAAUGAACAAACUAUGGUCGACCCAAAACUAUGGCUGUAAACUCUAAAGUACCUCUUGAAUUUUCAACUAUCUACCUUCACGCAGAGAAAUUGCAUCAUCCUAUUCGCCAUUGUGUCAAUAAUAACGCGUGCCAUGAUGAAA